AUGACGACGCUCGUCAUAGGAAAGAACUUGCCGGGGAGCCGCAAUGACGAGUUUUUUAGCUGGGAAGACACUGCAGUGGGACGUAAAGCAGAUACAGGUGGUGCCUUUGAAGUGGAACAGAUGAUCCAGCGCGAGAUUCGCUCGGAUCCGACUGCUUUAUCGAAAAUUUACGACGUUCCAGACGACCAGGAUACGUAUUUGUGGCAAUACGAACAUUUACGUCAAGUAAUGAAGGAAUUGAACGUGCUUGUAGCACGACUAGAUGGAAAAUGUACACGGGAGUCGUGUCCUAUGAUGAAGGCUACAGAUGAUUGGGUGUUUCUAUGUGCAGCUCAUAAGGCACCGAAGGAAUGUUGUGCCUUUGAGUACAUUGUGCAUACGAUGGACAAUGUCAAUACUCUACUCACGAGUAGUCGUGUCUUCCCGUCUCGUGUCAGCAUCAGUUCUAAUGCGACGCAGUACUUUCAGUCCGUCUCACGGCGUCUGUACCGUAUCUUUUCACACACGUUCUUCCACCAUUUAGACGUUUUUAACGAGUUCGAAGACAAGUCGUAUUUGUGCCAUCGCUUCGUCUACUUUGCACUCCACUUUUGCCUCAUUCCUAAGAGUCUGCUCAUUAUUCCCGAUAUUGGCUAA